UCACAGGGAAGCUUGGAAAAGCUCCGCGAUGCCCGAAAAAAGAGGAAAGCAGCUGGGUCCCGAUUUGGCCGACCAGCCGCGGCUGAAAAUUAAAAUCUACCCGAGGCUGGAAGGUGAUUCAGCCCGCGGCGGGGCGUUACGUGCUGCCCCGACGGAGCUGUCGCGCUCGCUCCGUCCCUGUCCAGCCCGCGUAGGAGAGCCCCGUCCUCCCGCCGGCCGAGAUCUCCGCCUAAAUGCAAGCCAUGGCCGAGAGUGACCCUCUGGAGAGCCUGCGGAAAGAGGCGUCCUGCUCCAUCUGCCUGGAUUAUUUCAGCGACCCCGUGUCCAUCAACUGCGGCCACAGCUUCUGCAGGGACUGCAUCACCCGCUGCUCCGGCAAAUCCGAGCGGAAAUUCGCCUGCCCCCAGUGCCGAGGAGCGGCCCAAAAGCGGAAAUUCAGGCCCAACCGGGAGCUGAGGAACCUGGCGGAGAUCGCCAAGAAGCUGAGCUGCCGCCCGGACCGCCCGGCCGGAGAGGAAAACGUCUGCGAGAAGCACCAGGAGCCGCUGAAGCUCUUCUGCCACGAGGACCAGAUGGCCAUCUGCGUGGUGUGCGACCGCUCGCGAGCCCACCGCGCUCACACCGUCAGCCCCAUCGAGGAGGCCGCCCAGCACUGCCAAGAACAAAUCCAAAACAAACUGAAGAGCCUCAAGGAUGAGAGAGAGAGACUCCAAGGCUUAAAACUGACUGGGGAGAAGAGAAGCCAAGAGUAUCUGCAACAGACGAGAGUCGAGAGGUGGAAAAUCGCAUCAGCCUUUAAGCAGCUGCAGCAGUUCCAGGACGAACAGGAGCGCCUGCUCCUGCUGUGGCUGGAGGACGCGGAGAAGCAGGUCGUGCAGACUCAGGCUGAGAGCGACGGGAGGCUCGCUGUGGAGAUCUCCCACCUGGACCACCUCAUCCAGGAGCUGCAAGGCAUAAACCCGCUGCCAGAGAACAAAUCCCUGCAGGAUGCCAGGAGUGCCUUGAACAGGUGUGAAGUAAUGAGUUUCCAGCAAUUGGUGGAGAAGUUUCCAAGAGCAGAGAAGCGACUCAAGGAUUUGUCUCAGAAAAACAUUGUGCUGAAGGAAGCUCUGAGGAAAUUCAAAGAGAGUCUUCCCGUUGAACUGGACGUGCAAUGGGCAAACGUGACUCUGGAUCCAGAAACAGCAAACCCUCACCUCGUCCUCUCGGAGGACCGGAGGAGCGUGGUGUGGGAAGAAACGCCGCAGAACCUGCCCAACAACCCCCAGCGAUUUGACACCUACUGCUCCGUGCUGGGCCACGAGGGCUUCACGGCAGGGAGGCAUUACUGGGAAGUGCAUCUGGGCAGCCGGGGAUUUUGGGCUGUGGGGGUGGCCAGAGACUCAGCCUGGAGAAAGGGCUGGAUUAGCCUGGCCCCUUCCCAGGGGAUCUGGGCUGUUGGCAUCUGCGGAGACAAGUUCCAAGCUUUCACCUCCUUCGACGCAGUCCAGCCUCUAAACGGAAGGCCGAGGACUAUCCGGGUCUCUCUGGAUUACGAGAAGGGACACGUGGCCUUCUUUGACGCUGAUAAUGAGACCUUGGCUUUCGCUUUUUCCUCGGCCUCUUUUAACGGAGAGAAAAUCCUGCCCUUCUUCUGGGUUUGGGAGUCCAGGAUCCAGCUGACUCCCUGAGGCCGCCUGGCCCGCAACCAUGGACCUUCUGCACUUUGGACAAACCUUCACUUUGAUCCUGGAAGCCACUGUAGAUAUCGGUGCUCUACAGACAGUAGAGAAUGAAGUGGGGCAAGGACCACCUGGUUUGAAUCUUCCUCUCACGUGGUUUUGGAGAAGAUUGAGAAGGGAUCGUUUUCUGGGCCAUUCUCUGGAUAUUUUUUUUUUUUUUUAAUAUUAGGAAACUCUCCAAAAGUCUUACUAGGAUAUAUCAUCCUGGGAUUAGCAGGAAAAUGAAGCCUUUUUUUCAUUUUUUCACUUUUUCACUUUUUUUCAUUGCUGACUGAUCUGUGCUACUCUUCUCCCAUGAUUUCCAGUCUGCCUUACCUUGAACAGCUGAUAUUCAACACUGGUGUUUCUUCUGGGCUGAAGAAGGUGGCUCUCUGGCUGCCGGCUUAGCUAUUGGAAAGGAAAAAUAGAUACUCCCGAGUUAUCUCGGGCCCCAGCUGCCUGCAAAUAACUGACAGCACCCAGGGAUGACCAGGAGGAGCUAGGCAAUGUUGGCUGCAACUGGUGAGGCCAGAAAUGAGCACGAGAUCAGCCAGAAAAAAAAAAAAAAAGUUUAUUUUCCCCAGUGCAGCAUGAAGUCAGCAAAAAGGUGGAUCUUCACACCAGAUACCGUGUGACCGUGAGUCC